AUGGUCAGUUCGAUUCGGUUCGGUUCGGUGGGGUUUUGGCGGAACUAUUGUCGGCCUACGAAUACGGACGACGGUCACGGGACCGAAAAAAGUCAGAACGGCCUGAUGGUGUUCGCGCUCAAGGACAAGGCAAAAGGUUCAAUGGCGCUAAACCGCUCUACCGACUGGAGCCAAACUUCGGUGCGCUUUAAUGCGAGCGAUAAAAAUCGUGUUUUGCGCAACUGA